CGGAGGAAGGCAGAACUCAACUUGAAUACUCACUCCAUUUAAGAUGCUGCGUACAUCAGUCAGAGGAACAUCCAUCUUCUUCACAAAUUAUUUGUAUAAGGCACACGAAUAAGGUACCUCGAAAGGCAAUGGCUACUUUCUAUGGAUUUCUAGUUGGCCUUGCGAUAGUAUUCUUGGCUUAUUCUCCCUCUUCCUCUGCAGUGCACUUUGUGUUGAUUCAUGGUAGUGGUCAUGGAGCAUGGUGUUGGUACAAGUUGGCGACUUUGCUGGAGCAAGCAGGCCACAAAGUCGCGGCAGUGGAUUUAGCUUAUUCUGGGAGAAAUCAAGUGCCACUGGAAUUUGUGCAUACCUUUGAUGAAUACCACAAACCUCUAUUCAAAUACUUGGAAUCUUUAUCUCCUAAGGAGAAGGUAGUUCUCGUUGGCCACAGCUAUGGUGGUUAUGGUGUUUCCUCUGGCCUGGAAAGGUUUCCAGAAAAGGUUCUUGGUGGUGUUUUUGCUUCGGCCUUCAUGGUCGGGCCUAACUUUACACUUGAGGACACUAACAAGUUCCUUCUACGGCCAGAUCAAGCAGAUGACAGUUUUGUUAUUGGAGAUCCUGUAAGAAUUGUGCUCUUUGGGCCCCACUUUGCAGCAACACUGCUUUACCAGAAUUCUCCUCUAGAGGAUCUGAAACUUGCAAGUUAUUCUAUAAGAUUAACUCAGUUCUUCCGUGGAGAUUUGGCAAAUAGACAAAUUCGGGUUACAAAAGAGAGGUAUGGAUCAGUUCCUCGAGCCUAUGUUGUUGGCUUGGAGGAUAAGGCAAUUACUCCUGAUGCGCAACGAGCUAUGAUAAAGAGCACUCCUCCACAAGUGGUGAGGGAAAUCGAGGGGGCAGACCAUAUGGUCCAGUUUUCUAAACCUCAAGAAUUUGCCAACAAUUUAAUUGAAAUAGCUAAGUCGUUUGAGUUGUUUGGUCAGGGGGGCAGACCAUAGGGUUAUGCUUUCUAAAUCUCAAGAAUUUGCCAACAGCUUGCUUGAAAUAGCUGAGUUGUUUGGUGUCCUUAUGUACUUGGUCAUUUUUUGCAUGAUUGUUUAGUGUGUAUCACACAUUCUGUUGAUGUGAAAUAAGUAUGUAAACGUUGUAUGAUAAUUGUCUUGCUCAAUUCUGUUGGAGGUUAUGUAUAUGUCCUCUAUUAAUUUUAAGUUUAUUAAUAAAAUAUAGAACUGGCAUCCUUCCUCCUCUAUGGAGUUUGUCAAACAAAAAA